AUGGGCUUCGACUACUACGGAAUCCUUGGUGUAAAACGAUCAUGCACCCAGCUGGAAAUAAAGAAGGCGUAUCGAAGACUCGCUCUCAAAUACAAUCCCGAGAGAUACGACAAUGAUGAAAACAUGCGGAGAAUUUUUGCCCUAAUCGGCGAAGCUUACGAGGUUUUGGUCGAUCACAAGCAUAGAGCGGUUUACGAUCAAUACGGGGAGGAAGGCCUUAAAAGGGGGGUACCAGGACCACAAGAGUAUAUCCAACCUUACUCCUACCACGGAGAACCGAUUAGAACUUUCGAGGAAUUCUUUGGCACCACGAAUCCUUAUGCUGACCUCCUAGACUAUUAUGAAGACCCGCCACCAAUGUUCGACUCCCCACUCGGGAAAGGAUACAAAGAAAAGGACCCCACUAUCAUUAGGCCUCUCGCUCUUUCCCUGGAAGAAGUAUUCAAAGGCGGCCUCAAGAAAAUGAAGAUACAACGUCUCGUGUUCACGGAUGAAACGUGUUCUGAAUUGAAGCUUCGUGAAAAGGUUCUAUCGAUUCCAAUAAAACCAGGAAUUUAUCCAAACACAGAAGUACGUUUUAAGGAAGAAGGCGAUCAAGGACCGACGAGAAUACCAGCUGAUGUUAUAUUCAUAACUGAAGACAGACCACACGAAACCUUCGUGAGGUCAGGUUUAAGUGACCUUCUCAUGAUAAGAAAAAUAACGCUGCAAGAAGCGUUAUGCGGCUUUAUGGUCAACAUAAAAACUUUGGACGACCGCAUCCUGCACAUAAAAAUGUCGGACGUGAUAACUCCUACUUACGAGAAAGUUAUCGAAGACGAAGGUUUACCGAUACCGGUUUGUCCAAACAAGGCUAAAGGAAACCUGAUUAUACGUUUUCAAGUCGAAUUCCCAGAGUACUUGUCGAAGCGAAGCAAGAAGGCGUUCGAAGAUGCUUUCAGGGUUAAAGAUGAGGAGGACGUGAAGUUUGCUAAAUUAAAAUGCGGUACAUUGUCGACUACUUCCAUUUAUAAUAUGUGA